AUGGCCGCAGAACAGGCAGGACAAGCGACUCCCCAGGGCAGCCGUACCCGCGCGUCCUCGAUCGACAAAAGCACCAUCCGUGGUACAGAUGAGAACAUCAGCAAGAAGUCGAAAGAGGCAGAGGGUGACAAGGACUACGAGAAGCGCGAAAAGGACGAGAGCACGGCGAAGGAGGUCUCGAGCAGUGAACAGCCCGAGGACGGUGGUUUCCCUGAUGGCGGUCUUCGUGCGUGGUUGGUGGCUCUCGGGGUCGGUUGUGGUAUUGCUGCCACAUUCGGUUUCGUGAACGCCUGGGGUGUCUUCCAAGCGUAUUAUGAGGAGACUAUGCUCCCUACCACACCUCCGUCAACCAUUGCAUGGAUAGGUUCCACACAGUAUGCAUUGGUGUUUAUCCCCGGUCUUCUGUGCGGACGUUUGUUCGACAUGGGUUACUUCAAGGGGCCCUUGGUGUGUGCAUCCGCCCUGCUCGUCGCCGCCACCUUCCUGGUUGCGGAGUGCACGGAGUUCUGGCAGCUCAUGCUCUGCCAAGGGCUUGCAGUUGGCUUUGCGUGCGGAGCAAUCUUUGGGCCUCAGUUGGGCAUCCUCCCACAUUGGUUCAAGCGUAAGCUAGGCCUCGCGUAUGGUCUUACCGCGACCGGCUCGAGCGUGGGUGGAGCAUUGUUUCCAAUAGCUACGCGCAAUCUCAUUGAACAAGUGGGAUUUAAGUGGACGAUGCGCAUUCUGGGCUUUAUCCUGCUCUUCCUCCUGAGUAUCUGCAUUCUGACGACAGAACGACGACUGCCACCAAAGAAGGAAAGCGGUCCGUUCCUGAGCUUCCAGGCGUUCAAGAAGCCCGCAUAUACCUUGUACUCUGCCGCCGCUUUCGUCAACUUCCUCGGGCUCUACACCGUCCUCACGUACAUCGACAUCAGCGCACAGGGCACUAGCGUACCGGAGAACCUGUCAUUCUACUUGCUGCCGAUCGCGAACGCCGGCUCGCUCGUCGGGCGUGUUGCGGCUGGCCUCCUCGCGGAUAAGUACGGCCCGCUGAAUGUCAUUACACCCGCAAACGUCGUUGCAGGAAUCAUGACAUACGCAUGGCCAUUCGCGGGCGGCACCGCAGGCUACAUUGUCAUCGCCAUCCUCUACGGUAUGGCAUCAGGAAUAUUCGCGUCGCUGGUCGCCAAGCCCAUAGUCAGUAUGGGUGAGAUCAAGGACGUCGGCGCACGCGUCGGUAUGGCGUUCACGCUCCUGGCGCUCGGUGCGCUCGCGGGCCCGCCGAUCUCUGGUGCGAUUCAGACUGCGACAGGCAGUUAUAAGGCUGUCGGGUACUAUGCCGGGACCACGAUCGAGGUCGCCGUGAUCCUCCUUAUGCUCUCAAGAUAUUAUGUUCUCGGAGGCAAGCUCUGGGGAAAAUGCUGA